AGCUUGACACCGAAGGACCCUGUCUCCAGGAGCACACAGCUAGACUCGUCCCCAGUUGGAGGAAAGCUGGCCAGCUUUGGAAUCACUGUUGGAAGAGAUGACAAUGAGCCCAUGUCCUUUGUUGUUGGUCUUCGUGCUGGGUCUGGUUGUGAUUCCUCCAACUCUGGCUCAGAAUGAAAGGUACGAAAAAUUCCUACGUCAGCACUAUGAUGCCAAGCCAAAUGGCCGGGACGACAGAUACUGUGAAAGUAUGAUGAAGGAAAGAAAGCUAACCUCGCCUUGCAAAGAUGUCAACACCUUUAUCCAUGGCACCAAGAAAAACAUCAGGGCCAUCUGUGGAAAGAAAGGAAGCCCUUAUGGAGAAAACUUCAGAAUAAGCAAUUCUCCCUUCCAGAUCACCACUUGUACGCACUCAGGAGCGUCUCCCAGGCCUCCAUGCGGGUACCGAGCCUUUAAAGAUUUCAGAUAUAUUGUUAUUGCCUGUGAAGAUGGCUGGCCUGUCCACUUCGAUGAGUCUUUUAUCAGUCCGUAGACAGCAGGCCCCUGGCACAAACCUAGGUCUGUUUUCUUUUUAUCUCCCCUCACAGCCAUGAUCACUGGUUCAGCGUUCACUGUCAUGGGCCAGAAAAUGAAUUAUCUGAAAUAUACUUCUCCUGAUUUAUAAUGCACAGAAAUAAAGAUAUCUCAAAAACCAU